AUGGGCCUUCUCCUCAAACGCCCUGAGGGCGAAGCAGGCGCUGCAUGGCCUUCGAUCUGUGUUGGUCUCUUUGCUGCCUUUGGCGGUAUUCUAUAUGGAUAUGAUACAGGCACGAUUUCCGGCAUUCAAAAUAUGACCGCCUGGAAGCAACAGUUCUUCCCCAACGACGUCGAGACUCCUCCUUCUGGCCAGAUCUCCCUCAUCGUGUCCAUUCUCUCAGUCGGAACUUUCGUAGGAGCGUUGAUGGCUGGCAUCGUCGCUGAUAAGUUGGGCCGCAAAUGGGGAAUCAUUGCAUCUGCUAUGAUCCCAUUCAAUCUCGGUGUCGCACUGCAGACUGGUGCUUUCAACAAGUCUACCUUUAUUGCCGGACGCUUCUUCGCGGGAAUGGGCGUCGGACUCGUUUCUGUCCAGGUCCCAAUGUUUCAAUCGGAAACUCUGCCAAAAUGGAUCCGUGGCUUCAUCGUUGGCUCUUACCAAUUGGCCAUUACUCUCGGUCUCUUUAUUGCCGCCCUUGUCAACUAUGGCACAGAGAAUCGAUCGGACAGCAGUGCAUAUCGAAUCCCACUUGGCAUUCAGUUCGCGUGGGCGUUCAUCUUGUGUGGCGGUCUGGCAUUCUUACCCGAGACACCAAGAUACCUGGUCAAAUGUGGGAAAGACUCAAAAGCGAUCCAGUCGCUCACAAAACUGCGACGGCUUCCUGCCGAUCACCCAGCUAUUCGAGCCGAGUUUGAGGAAAUUCAGGGCAACUAUGAGUAUGAGAAGAGCCUAGGCUCGGCAUCGUACCUGGACUGCUUCCGUGGCAAUGUGGGAAAGCGGACGCUUACUGGCAUCGGGCUCCAAUGCCUUCAGCAACUUGUUGGCGUCAAUUUCAUCUUCUACUACGGCACCACGUACUUUUCAACUGCGUAUGGAAGUGCGCUCCCAACUCCGUUCAUCCUCCAAAUCAUCACGAACGUUGUCAAUGUCGUCAGCACGUUCCCGGGACUUUGGGCCAUCGAUGCCCUAGGACGCCGCACCGUCCUUCUCGUCGGAGCCCUGGGCAUGGGUGUGUCGCAGUACAUCGUAUCCAUUUUGGGGGUUGCGACUCCCGCUAGUAACGAUGAUUCUGCACGAGCCCAAUUUGCCUUCAUCUGCAUAUAUAUCUUCUUCUUUGCCAGUACUUUCGGGCCAGGAGCUUGGGUUGUUACUGGAGAAAUCUUCCCGCUCAAAGUCCGUGCUAAGUGUUUAUCUAUGACUACAGCUUCUAAUUGGCUGUUCAACUGGCUUCUCUCCUUCAUCACGCCAUAUCUUACUGGCGCCAACUACGCGGACUUGGGCACCAACGUCUUCUGGAUCUGGGGUGGCUUCUGCUGGGUCUCAGUGGUCUUCGUCUACCUCCUCAUCUACGAGACCAAGGACACCACGCUCGAGCAAGUCAACGAGCUUUAUGAUAAUGUGAAGUUGGCUUGGAAGAGUGCUGCGUACAAGAACGAGCUUCAGGAUCGCAGAUGGUCUGUCACUGGGCGCGAGGACAUGCCGGAGAAGAUUGAGGAUGAGACGACGAGGAAGGAAAGUCUGUGA